AUGUUGCGUGUAUUGAUCAGUGGUAUUUGGGCUACGGCAAAUACAUUAUUAAAUCGUGAUCAGAAUUCAUCUAAUGAACAGUCAUCAACAUCUACAUGGCAUAAAUUUCGUAAUUUUAUUUUUUCAACUAUUUCUUCAGUUGGAAUUUCAUUUGUUCGAUCCAUUACUGAAAAUGAAACUCUUUAUGAAUAUGUGAAUACAUGUUUGGCACAUUCGACAACAAAUCGAAAUAAUGUAGAUCAUCGUCAACAACGUAAUUCGGGUGUUAGUCAAUCAUCACGACCUAAUUUUCGUCGACGAUUAUAUCAUAAUAAUGGUGUCAUUCGAAUUAUAAAACCAACAAUUAAUAUUCAUAUUCAUCAGACAUAG